AUGGAAGACUCACUUCGCUGUGUCAAGUGCAAGAACUUUGCUAUCGAUGCUGUUUAAUCAGAUUGCGAAUGCCAUCUUCUCUACUGUGAAGGUUGCUGUGCUAAUGUGACUGUAUGUAGCAAAUGCAACCAGAGAUUGUCAGCCAAUAACUCUAAGCCAGAGCAAUACAUUUAUGGCUUUACUAACAAUGUGCUUGCUCGAAGAAUGAUUGGCAGCAUUAAAACUACUUGCAAGCAGAAUGAUUGUGGAUACCAGACAACUCUUGGGGAAAUUCUAGUUCAUGAGAAGAAAUGUGACAACAGAUAGUAUGUAUGUGCAUAUUGCUAGAAUUUGAAUAUUGACGGCAAAGCAUAAUUUAUGCAACACAUUAAAGAUAAGCAUGAAGAACUAUUUCUGAGUAUUUUUGAUCAGAAACUAUAUGGAAAGGCUUUUAAACAAGAAGUGGAUAGAAUUUAUGGCUUAAGGAAUAAUUUCAGAGGCAUGCUAAAAAUUAAUGAAUGGAAAGAAGAGGAGAAAUAGGGAAAAACUGGAUCAUUUGUGGACUUAGUUAAUAACAAUAAAUUUGUAGUCGAUAAAGCAGAAAACAUUGAGAAAAUAGAAUAAUGGAGUUGCCCAAUUUGCUUGCUUAUUAAUAAUCAUAAUGGAACAUAAUGUGAAGGCUGCAAAAUAGAUUUUGAUGAGAAGAAAUUUGAAAACAAGCAACAAAUGAUGAAUCAGUUGUAAAAGAACUAAGAAAGUUGGUCUGAAGUCAACAAGAUCGAUUCAAAGAAGAUGAGAGAAAAAUUAAUCUAAGAUCGCAAAAGAGAUAAAAAGGGAGCAGACAACUGUGUGAUAUUCUGA